AUGCCUUAUACUAACGCGUGUGUGACGCUACAACUUUUUCUCACUCGCGCGAAUUUUGAUAUUGCAUUUUGUCGGCGUCUGGCGACUGGUACUGCAGGUUUGGACAGGCUUAUUAAUCGAACUCUUCCCAUAAGAUGGCUACCCUACUGUUGUUCGAUUAGUGAUCAGGAUUCAGAUAUUACAACUGAUAAACUAAAGGCAUUUAGCGCAUCAUAUAUAAAUUCAGUGUUACUGCUUGGAACUGUUGUUGGAAUCAAGAUGUUCCCAAUGCAAAACAAUCCAGAUCGUAACUGGGUUCUAGUGUUCUUGAGAACCCGAUUGUCUACAUUUCGGGAAGCGGAAUAUGCUCAACCAACUAGUAUUACUGAUAUAAAUGAACCAACAGUAAUGUUUAAAAAGACUCUCAGUUCAUCAAACAGAGUACACGUCUUCAGUCCUAAAUUGGUCAACGGUCUUAGAGAUAUCAAACCUGGUGAACGGCUACUAGUCAGUGGAUUUCUGUCCUACUACCAGUCAUCAAAGCUCGAUGGGAAAACAACUAAACAGUGUUGUGUUACAGCUCAACGCAUCGCUCAUAUGGGAUGGGCUCCCGAUUACCAGGUUGCGAAGAAUUCGGAAGAAGUCUUUGAACAAUCAAGUAUUCUACAAGAACCUACCGAUUUGUUUUAA